CAUACUGGAUAUUUUUUUUUUAUUGCUGACACCUGUCACUGACAGGUGAAGCGCCGGGGGCGGGAGGAGGCUGUGCACGCGCCGGUUUAAUUAAAAAGGACAGGAUUAAACCCAAAUGCCACGGGAAUCUUACAUUCUUAGCCAGCCGCCGUAAGCGCGUUCGCUGUAAGAGUCUGAGGGGCGGCGGUGUGCCCGGGAAGGGGGCAGGGGGUACGGCAGAAAUGGCGCCUAUCCCUGAGGAGAAGCGGCCCGCCCCGCUCCCCCGGCGCCGUUUGUUGGAGCCGGGGCGGUGGAAGCGGCCUUCCGAGAGCCGGCGGGGAGCGGGUUUGCCGGGGCGCGGGGGCGGAAGGUGUCCGGGGCGGGCUGCGGCGGGGCGGCCGCCUCCCCGUCCCCGCCCGCUGGGGCCGCGCCCGGGCCCCGCGGCCGUGGGCAGCGCCGGCGGCGGGAGGGGGCGCGUCCCUGCCACACAAGCCGGGGGCCGCGGGUGGCGGCGGCAGAGCGGCGCGGCGGCCGGCUGCCACCGGGACCGGGAGAGGGGCUGGAGCCGGCGGGUCCGUGUCUCCCUGCGCUCUCUCCCGCCGCCGGCAUGAAGGUCGAGUUUGCCCCCAUCAACGUCCCCCUGAAGAGGAGGAUCCAGACGGUUGCCGUGCUGCAGUGGAUCUUCUCCUUCCUCCUGCUGGCACAGUUUUGCUGUGGAUUCUUCGUGAUCCUGAUCCUGGGCAACUUUUGGUUCCUUGCUGUCCUGUACCUACUGUGGCUCUACCUCGACUGGGAAACGCCAUGCACAGGGGGCAGACGGUCCCAGUGGGUCAGAAACUGGACUGUUUGGAAGUACUUUAGGGAAUACUUUCCCAUUCACCUUAUAAAAACUUCAGAUCUGAGUCCAAAUCACAACUACUUGCUUGGCUUUCACCCUCACGGCGUCCUCGUAGCUGGAGCCUUCGGAAACUUUUGUACCAGUUCAAGUUUCAAAAACUUAUUUCCUGGGCUUACUCCGUAUCUUCAUAUCAUGCCCAUCUGGUUCAGCUGUCCCUUCUUCAGAGAAUACAUAAUGAGCGCUGGCAUGGUUUCUGCGUCCAAGGAGAGCGUCUCGUACGUGCUGGAUAACAAAGGAGGUGGCCACGCAUCCGUCAUUGUGAUCGGAGGAGCAGAGGAAUCUCUGAAUGCACAUCCUGGAAGUUUAACUUUGAACAUCCUCAAGAGGAAGGGCUUUAUUAAAAUGGCCUUGAAACAUGGGGCUCACCUGGUCCCAGUGUUUUCCUUUGGGGAAAAUGAACUAUUCAAGCAAGUCGCAAACCCCAAAGGUUCACGGCUCAGAAACGUGCAGGAGAAGCUGCAGAAGAUAAUGGGCUUUGCUUUACCACUGUUUCAUGCUAGAGGAGUAUUUCAAUACAGUUUUGGCUUAAUACCUUACAGGCAACCUAUUCAUACUGUUGUGGGAAGCCCCAUCCCUGUAAAACAGAACUUGAACCCCACCACUGAAGAGAUUGAACAGCUACAUGCACUGUACCUACAGAAACUAAGAACAUUGUUUGAAGAACACAAAAGAAAUUAUGGGAUCCCUGAGCAUAAAUCUCUCAUCUUCGAGUAGCGAAUUAUAAUUCGUAGCUCCGAAUCUCGGGGAAAAAAACAACGUAUGCUGAAAGAUGUCUUCCCUGCAAUCGGUAUUUUGCAAUCUGUAAUUAUCCUUGUGUAAGGAAUAAUUUUAAGAAGGGAUUAUUAGAUGAUUUAUUGAUUUUUAUCUUACUCUUGGGGGAAAAAAAAUAAAUAAAUCCUUAAGGUGUGAGCCUGGAAGCUGUGAGCUGUUUUGAGUUGUCCUUUUAGGUUUAUUCGUACCAGAAAUGCUCAUGAGAAACUCAACAUGCGUGUUCUUACCACCAUGGUACCUAACCGUAGCUUGAGCAGAGGAAAUUGUCCCAGCGUGAGAUUGCGAGCAAGAAAAGUAAAAACCUGAGAAGUCCGUGAUUAUAAUUUGAGAGGUUUACUGGCACAUAUUAAACAUGACAUCAGGUUGUUCUCUGAAUAGCAAAAAAACCCCGCUGCUCUUCUGUAGAAACGAAGGCAUGUGUUUUCAGCUAUUAUAAGCCAUUUACGUGUGAAUUUAAGAAUAAAUAGGAGCUUUCUGCCCUGAAUAGGAUAUCAGCAAAGGCGGUUUGUCCAAGUAAUGGAGCAGAGCAAACCCUCCCUUUGGAGGAAGAUCAGCACGUUGAGUUUUCUGUGAGCGUGUAUAUGCUGGGUGGUGAGAGCGAAGUGAUUUUGUUUGUUUUGGACAAGCUGUGCUUUGGAUUGUCAGUUGGGAAGAUGAAGCGGCUUUGUUUGGUAGUUCCAGCCUCAGAGGAGACGGCAGGCACCGGACAGGAGAAGCGUACCGCGGGAGCUGGCGGGGGAAUCAUGUGAACUGUGCAUCUUGGGCAGAUUAAUUGAUGGUAUUCCAAGCACUUCCACAGAAGGUAGGGGAGCUCGGUUUGUUCAGUCUAGUUCUGAAACUUCCCCAAGGAAAGCAUACUUGAUACAUGCCUUUUUCUGCUCCGCGGAUAGAUGUGGGGCGGUCUGUGGCGCGCUGUGCCGCAGCGCGACACGGCUGUGCUUGAGGCAGUGUCCGCACAGCUCCGGGGCGCAGCAGGUUAAGAGGAUGCUUUCUGUUCAAACAAGUGCCUAAAUUUGAGAGAUGGUGUACCGUCUUUUCCAGCAAAAAUACCUAGGUCUUUGAGAUGAUGGUGUGUGUGAAGAGAAUUAUAGUACGUUAUUGCAUUUUUUUUUUUUUUUACAAGAUAAAUUCUUGUAUGUGUAAAUGCUUUGUAUCUGCACGUGGAUUUUGCAGAUCUGGUUUUAUUGAAAAAUGUUUGAUUUGCUUUAAGCAAUUUUGGUGCCUGAAUUACACCAGUUACGUGCUCUGACUGGACACGGGCAGGCUUGUAGGGCAGGCUGGGCUGACUGCAGCCAGGACAGUUCGGCGCUGGUGCGCCCCGGGGACGGCAGCACUGGUCCCACAGAGGCACUGGGCACACUGUGUGCUUGCCGGGCUGCAGCCUCCUCAGAAGAAACACAGUUGGGGUUUUGGGAAAAAGGUAAAACUCUGGAAAGAAAAGAUCUUAGCAAGAUGAAGGCCUUUAAAGAAAAGGCUGGAAAUAUCUCGGCUCCCGAGGAGUGGACUCCUAAUGAACCAAAGCCCCGAAGCUGAGUAAGUAUUUGCCGGACAGAGUGGAUGUACGUUGAUCUGAUGUGCUCCAAAAGAACCUCCAACAACAGGUUGGUUUCCUUAGGAGGGCUGUUCCUUCCUGUGCCUAUCUGUCGUUCAGAGGUGACCAGCACUGAGCAGUAAAUCCUGCUCUCGCUUUCUCUAGGAGGCAGAUGUCUUUCUGGGAGCCAUGGCUGGAAUUCGUCAUGCCUGAAGAAGUAGCCCCCUCCUCCCUGACAGACUGCUGUCAGUGUGCCCACAGUUCACCUCUACUCUACUCGAGCUUUCUCGGUGCCAUGUGUGCUUGCCCUCCCUUCCCAGGCUUUCGCUACCUGAUGACCACUGUGGCGUAGACAUCUUAUCUCUUCACUCUCUCUCCACCUUUCUCUGGGUUAAGAUCUCUGAAAGGACUAUGUAUGCAUAGAAAACAUUGAGUGGUGGGUUAUCGUUCAGCAGAAAUGGGUUUUAGGAGCAGGGCCUGAGAAGAGGAAGGACUGUGACUGUGCGUGUUUAACACGAGCUUAAGGUCAGGAUUGUUUCGGCUCUUGGAAGGGCAUGCGUCUAGGGAGGUCAAAGACAGCAGGUUUGAUACCCGGGAAGAGGUCUGUAGGGUGCUGAGGACUGUAGUGAGUGAUGAGCCCUGGGUAGUCAUUUUUGCUUAGCCAGCUGUGAGAAAUUUCCUUUGAAUUUGUUAUUUUGCUGCCUGUCCUGAUGAGUAGCGCUGAUUAUUCAUGAAAGAAGAAUUUGGAGUCUGUGUCAGACUGUUCUCUCCUAGGUCAUCUGCUCUAAUGAGAUAUUUCCUCUCGUUCUCAGCCUGCUCUUUACCUAUUACCUUAAUGACAUAGGAGCUCAGGAUGUAAAUUUAAAAGCAUUAGCGUUGGGUUGAGGAUGGGAAGUAACAGUGGAUUGUUGUUGAUCAAAUUAACCAAAACUUAUAGGGAACAUGUGGAUACUGAUUCUGGGGCAAUAUCUGGUCCAGAGGGUACCCUACAAACAGGCUGAAUUCCAUGCGAAAAUUAUCGUGGGCUCUGAAUACCAUCAAUAACCGGCACAGACAAAACAAGUAGGGAUUGUGUUACUCUGACUACUGAAAUUUUCAUUGCUUUGUGACACAGGAAGAUGGAGAAAAAAAGAAAACAAAAUCUCCAAGCUACUUAAAUGUAUAUUGUUGCUCAAUAACUUCUGCAUAUUGCUUAUGAUGGUCCUUCUGAACUACCUUUUAUUAACAAAUUGUCUAGUGUAUCUGGGACUAUUUUAAAAUAGAAUAUCAGUCUCUAAACCUGACUGGCACGGUGUCACCUGAAAUAUUUACCUCUGUGCUAGUAUAUCGAUCUGUAAAACAGCCCUGCAGGUAGACCAGCUGUGGCUAGUGCAGGUACCAGCCCUACCAUCACUGCAGCCAUGAGGAGGCUGCCCGUGCUCGUUAGAGUAAGUACCAGCGCACUCCUCGGUUGCCGUUCGUGCCGGACAAAGCAAGAGCGAGCAGCUCACAGGAAUGGUGACGCUUCCCUCCGCCAGCUGCCAUUAGAGGAGUCAGGUAGCGCUCACAUCUCUGGUGGGAUGGGAUGUCCACACUCACUGGGGCCUGCUUUGUGAUGUGUUUCUCUUUGUGCCUUUUAAUGACACGGGUAAUCCCGGGGAUGCUAGUCAUCUAUCAACAAGGUGGAUGCUCAGCCUUCCACCACGCACACGCUGCCUCUCCAGUGGGCUCAAGCUGACGGCGCCUGCCUCUUCCCUUGGGGGUGAACAUCCCUCUGCCAAAUUCUGUUUACAGAAACUCUUCACACAUCAGUCCUCGGGAAUUUUUACACUGUGGACUACAAAGCAUAUUUUACACUUUGUAUUUAUGGUCCCUGUGAGAUAUGAAUGUCAGUUGUUCCAAUGGUGGCUGUGGCAAGGAGGUGUGAGAUAAUAAAGGUUUGUACCAAUG